AUGUCACAAACCAAGUCACUUGUCAAUCGAGUUCUACCGAUCCUCAUGUUCCUCCUCUUCUUCAUCAUCAUUCAUUCCACCAACGUCAUUACAUGCGCUGCCAUUGAUGAUGAAGUCAUUGUCAAAGCGCCCAUAGGAACCUAUCAAGGAUUUAUUUCACAAUUUCCAGAAUACAAAGCCACAGCAAGAGCAUUCACAGGCAUUCGUUAUGCAAAAGCUCCAGUGAACUCUCUCCGAUGGAAACCCACACAACCAUUGGAUGCUUUUUCAGGAAUUUACAAUGCAACGAUCGAAACACCUGGAUGUCCACAACGAUGUGAAUUACCACCUCACACAUGUCCCAAGACACAGAGUGAAGAUUGUGAAAUUCUUAUUGAAAUUUCAUCAUCUUCUCAAAUUGAUCAUGCAGCUCCAAACUCCAUUCUCUACGAUGGUACCUUCAUUGCCAACAAGACUUCCAUCAUCAUGAUCAUUGCUGGUUAUCGAUUAGGAGCAUUAGGUUGGCUCGCUAAUUCAAAAGCUCAAAUGUCUGGAAAUUAUGGAUUUAUGGAUCAAUUAACAGUUCUAAAAUGGGUGCAAAACAAUAUUGCUGCUUUUGGUGGAGAUCCAAAAAGAGUGACCAUUGGCGGUCAAUCUGCUGGAGCUACAUCAACGACUGCUCAUUUAAUUAGUCCAGCAAGUAAGGGACUUUUCCAUCAAGUGAUUGUAGAAAGUAAUCCAUUAGUGUUGCCCAUGAGAUUGAUGGACGAUGUGACGAUUAAUUUGGCAACUCCUUUUGCCAAACAAGCGAAUUGUGAUAACUUGUCAAUUCCUUUGGAGACAUUUUUACCUUGGGCUCCUACUGUAGCAAGUUUUGACAAGUUGAUUCCUUAUCAAACCUUUGAGGAUGGAGCAAGAGUGUUGAAUUGGUAUCGUCCUCUUCUCGAUGGUGAUAAACGCCCAGAAUUGAGUAUUAUGGGAACUGAUUAUAUAUUCCUGUGUUCAUUAAGAAAUGUUCUCUCACAAAUUACCACUCAAAAAAAUCCUGAAUUACCAGUUUAUAAUUAUAUUUUUAAUCAUGUGUUGACUUUUGAUGCUUGGGGACCAAAUCCGGAAGAAGAUAUUCUCUCCAUUUCCAUGGUUAAUUACUUUACCAAUUUUGUGAAAUAUGGAAAUCCAAACGGUAAUUCAACUGCUGUGACAUGGCCUCGAUUUAGUGCCAACAAUCGCCAAACUAUGAUGUUCCAAACACCAUUCAAUCAAAUGGUCAAAGACUACAAGAAGGAUUAUUGUGAUGAAUGGGAUUACAUUGGUUACGAUCAUGGUUGGUUGAAUCAACUCAAAAAAGAAUUAAGCAUCCAAAAUGGUGCGAGAAUUGUUUUAAUGAACAAUUUCUUCGUCUUUUCUUAA